GCUUUAAAAAGCCAACGAUGGAUGUCGAAAGUCAUCUUUUAAAGAUUGCCCCUAUAUACUGACCAAGGGCCCUUAAUCAACAAUGCGAACACGCCAUCAGUGUCGCAACACGCGUGCACACGCACACACUCCUGAAAUCUGUCAUUCGAGGAGUGGAAACCAGGGGGGGAAGCAUGAAGAGUAGACUGCGCCCCCCCCCUUCCCCCCAAGGAGAAGCAAUGAGUUGUAACUGUUCCUCUUCUCCCUAAUGGAAAGAGUUUCUCCACCAUUUUGAGCACCAUCUGCUGGCUCGGUGGGGCGGGACAGCUGGUGUUGUGAAUCAGGCCGCCGCAUUCCAGGGAACGGCUACUUCCCAACACCAGGGUCUCUCCGGUACCACUCCCACGCCUCACCUCGACCGUGCUCCGACGCGUAUCGGCAGAUCCGCGGACAGUCCGCUUAGAAAAUAUUGACACAUUUUGGGUUUUGAUAAGAGGAUCCUCAGAAAUGUUAGUUAUCUCAUCCAUUGUGAGUAAAUUCACCAUCCAUUCAUUUUCUACAUUCCUUUUAUUUAUUAUUAGAGUCAUGGGUGAGCUGAAGCCUACCCCACCCUGGACUGGUCAACUGUCAAUCAGAGAGGGCGACCAUUCACACUAUGGCUGUAUACAUUUAUAUAAUCAGUAUGCACCUUGCAGCCCUCCUCACCCUUCCCAAAGAAACCUUAGAUAUUGUAAUCUACACAUGGCAUCCCACCGAGCUCUGUUUUUUUGCACUCUAGCUAUUAUCUUCCUCUAAUUCAGGGGUGUCAAAACUCAUUUUUCUCGCGGGCCACAUUGUAGUUCAGGUUUCCCUCAGAGGGCCGUUAUGACUGUGAAACAAAAAUAUUUAAUCAUCUCAUCAUAUUUACAUGAUCAGUUUAUGAACUAGGUUUGGAAUCAGAAAUCAAGGGUAAUGUGUUUGUCAACUAUUCACGUGUGGUCUCGCAAAAAUGCUUCUAUCUCAACUGUUAUGUAUGAUAAAUGACAAUUUGAAAUUUUGGUACAGAUUUUUACAAGAGUCAUGGAAAUUGACACUAGAUUUGGCUUCGUGGGCCACAUAAAAUCAUGUGGUGGGCCAGAUCUGGUCCCCAGGCCGUGAGUUUGACACCUGUGCUCUAAUUGCGCAUUAAAGACUGUUCUGAAGUUCUGGGUUUGAAUCUUAGCUCCGGAUUUUCUAUGUGGAGUUUGCAUGUUCUCUGGUUGUUUGUCUAAAUAUGUCACAAACGGCGGCCAGUCUAGUGCGAACUCACCUCCAACUCAAAGUUAGCGGCGGUAGACUCCAGCUCACCUGCUACACUAAUGAGAACAGGCGCUAGAGCACAGGUGUCAAACUCAAGGCCCUGGGGCCAAAUCCGGCCCGCUGCAUGAUUUUAUGUUGCCCGUGGAGGCAAAUCAUGUAUCAACUUCCAUGAUUUUUUUUUUUGUUCAAAUCUGUACCAAAAUUUCAAAUUGUCCCAUCAUAAAUGAUAAUGUUGAGAUAUGACAAGCAGUUUUCUGUUACCAAACAACAAUAGUUGGAAAAACCCAUUACUCUUGAUUUCUGAUUCCAUAACUAGUUCAUAAAUUUCAUGUCUAAACAUGAUGAGGCGGUUAAAGAUUAUCGUUUCACAGCAAUAACGGCACUUUGAGGGAAACCGCGAGUAUAAUGUGGCCCUCGACAAAAAUGACUGAAGGAUUGAUAAACCAUAAGGCCUCAGCACUUAUGAACAGAAAUUGUGUACAAAAUAAAAAAAUUAAAAAAAAAGACAUUUCCCUCAGUAAAAUGUUCAACUAAACUCACGCAUGCGCAAAAACUUGAAACAUCAAAUGUUUAUUACAGAUUACCCACAUCACAUAUUUGAAAACAUAGCUGUACUUACCAUUUCUUUUUUGCUGAUUUGUUCAAUCUUUUUCAACCUCCACGUAUGAUGUGACUUAAAUAUAGAUAUGACUAUAGACUUAGAUAUGAAUAGUGUUAAAACAAGAUAUUGAUUUUAGAUUUUGGAGUCUUAGAAUGUGUGGGGAAAACAGGUACAGAAGUGAAAUGAAAGAAUGUCAAGCAGCGAGGACUUUAUUAAUAACGAUGGCUCCCCGUUGGCCUUAUUCGAUGUUGUGUACUCCAACAACAGCGAUUCUUGUUGAACGUGUACCGUAAACACCACCACCAGCUUCUGGUGUUAAAAAAAAAAAAAAUCUAUCUUCCCUGAAAAAAAACUAGGUGUAUUUUUUUCAGUUAUUAUUUGUUAUUAUAUACGCAGGUUAUUAUAUUUAGUCAAGCAAUUUUUGUCAGUCCACAAGCUUGGUAAAACCUAUGGGAACAGUUUUGAUUGAAGUCAAGUCAACACUUGUCCAUAAGCAAUAUACGAUAUAUGAUUGCUUCUUCUCGGUAGGGGCAACUAUGUAAAUUAAUAAAAGAGGGAAACUGGUACACUGUUUAUUUUUUCUUCCAUAUCAUGCCAAGCUAUCAAAAAUCUAUCGUGUGUAAUUGAAAGUGUCUAUCUGUAAUUUGUAUUUCAAAUAUGAGUUGAUAUUAUGGAACCAAAAAGUACCUAAAUGGUGGAGGGGUGGUAACAAGAGGUGCGUGGCAACGCAUUGCGCAUGCGCUGUGCGGCUACCACACCUCGGACAGUCUGAAGUGUUUAAUGGCGGCCUAUACCAACGAAGAAGCCGCUUUAUGACGUCCUCAUACCGGGUCGAAUUAAACCAAACCAAGUAGAAGAUCCCUAGAAACAUCAACUUUUUCCUCCGACGGAGAGCGCGACCCAAACAAAAUUGUCCUCAAUGCCUGUCGGAAUCUGUGCGCGACGGGGCGUCGAGGCCACUGGUCCACCAGGCUUUUGGGUCAACGGUAGGAGGCGCAGAGGUGACUCCGCCGCUAGCCAAUGGAUGUCGGGGGUCGGAGGUAGGCGUGUAUUCGCUACACCCGAGAGGGUCUCAGGUUUGCCACUAAAAUACAAGACAACGUUUAGACUUGAUUGCUGAAGGUAAAACGAAGAAUUUCCAUUAAGAUCAAGGCGAGUGUGGCUCAAAUUAAGCCACAGAAUCAUUAAAAACGCGGUUGAAAAAAAAAAAAAGGCUAUGUUGCCUCGCUGUGAAUGUAAACCGCAAAACGAUGUCAAACGAAUCCAGUUUUUUGUCUUUUCUGUUUCCGUUAGUUUGGAUAAAUCCAGUUUAUGAAUCUCAAAUCUCGUUUGCCAUGGAAUGACAACGGUGGAGCUAUCAGUCUGUUUCAAACUAAUUGCAUGAAAGUGGGCCAUGCUAACGUAAUAUGCUAACUGUUAUUUACAUCUAUUUCAAGCUAAUGGCAUAAAAUGGGGCCAUGCUAACGUAAUAUGUUUCAAACUAAUUGCAUGAAAGUGGGCCAUGCUAACGUAAUAUGCUAACUGUUACAUCUAUUUCAAGCUAAUGGCAUAAAAUGGGGCCAUGCUAACGUAAUAUGCCUAGCAUUAAUAUGCAAUAUUUUUUCUGGCCACUUGGCCAAUUAUUUACAAUAAUACUGUACUUACAUCGUUGGAUCUCUGCCCAAAUACUAUUUCAUGAAGCGCAGUACCAUGAAAAUAUGUUAAAACUAAACAAAAACACUAGAGCAACGCUUGCAGAGGGAAAAUUGUAUUCACUAUCUUGUGGAACUUCUUCAUAAUUAUAUUAUAAUUAUAAAUCACAUUUGUAAUAACAUUUUCGAAUUAAUAAUGGGGUUUUUAUUGACACGUUUAUUACACAUGAGUAUACCUUUGAAUGUUUUUGAUAGGUGUGUAGAUAAUGAAAUCGUUAUUCACUAUCUUUGCUUUGUUGUUAAUGUAUACUAUAUAAUUUUUUGCUAAUAAUUUGGGGGGCGUAAUCAAGGGGUACCGCACAUACACACUACAAACCCACUUAAAUGGACCUUUUCUGAACAUAACAUUUGUUGCGAUUUGCAACAGAGAAUAAUUAGAACUAAGGAAACACAAUUUAUUAAAUAAAAACUAAUCUGAUAUUGCAUGAAUUAAGGGUCGGGUGGGACACUUUCGCCAACCUUAUUUCAACGGUUUUGACUGUUUCCCAGCGCGCUUGCUUUAUUUUAUGUAAGGAUUCUAUCAUUUCCCCACCCAACACUACAGCGGUACCAUUAUAGAUUCCACAAGGGGGCGCAGGUUGCCCAUAGGUAUGAAUGUGAGUGUGAAUGGUGGUUUAUGUGCCGUGGAUUGAUUGACAACCAGUCCAGGGUGUGGUCCACUCUCGCCCAAAAGUCACUUGGAAUAGGCUCCAGCUCUCUGCUGACCCUAACAAGGACGAACAUUAAAAAAAAGAAAUAAAACUUUUAAAAGGGGAUGGAUAGACCUCGCUAGUUCCUCUGUUAUGUGUACCUUCAAACAUUUAUUUUUAUGUAUUAUUCAUUAUUAUUACAUGGUAAAUGAGGUGUCAUUGACUUUCUACAUGAUGGCUGAAUUCAGACUAUUACUGGUGUUAUUUUAAAUAUUACUAAAAUGUAUGAAUAUACUGUUCCUUCUUUGAUGAAAAUUGUCAUAGCAUUGCAAGGAGCAAUCAGAAUCAUAUUUAAUGGUCAAGUAUGCAACAACACACGAGGAAUUUGUCUCUGGCCGUCGGUGCUACCCUGGUACGACAUUCUUGUUGAGUUGUUUAGGCCUCAUCACAAAAAAUGUUAGGCCAUCUUUACAACAAUGUUUUCUAUUUUAUAUUUAUAGUUUAAGAAAAAGGACAUUAGUCGUAGUAGGUUUAGUACUAACCCUGUUUUUGUGUUGAGCAAAGCUACCGUACUUUGUUGCGUGCUAAAUGUCAUUUGCAAGCAAAUGUUACUGUCAAACUGAUGCACUAAAUAAAGUAAUACUGAACAGAUUAGACAUUUGAGUUUUACCCUCCUUUCACUCUCCAGAUCACUAUUAUAUUUAUCAUCUUAAUCUAUCAGGAAAGGAAAAAUGAUGCGAGGACUUUGAACAUUCAUACUCACUGGCUUGUGCAGACAAAAGUUUGGACAUGCAACACUUGUUGACAAUGUAAAAGUCAAAUGUAAGUCAAUGUAAAAAAUGGUGUUCCUGAAGAAUCUUGCGGAGCGAGUGACGGUCCUCACACGCCAGAGCAGUCGUCAGGAUUGUUCGACGACGACCCAGCGUCAUUCUCCUGCCAGAGGGUGAGGCCCCAUUUUACAGAAACACAGAUUCCUGUGUGCGCACGUACAUAACCUGGCACAGCAAGCGGCAAUUUGCGAAUGGUUGGAUAAUCCUGAAAACCCACACAAGUGAGCCUGCACAAACAGAAGUAAUGUCGACCGCUCCUCACGCGCCACUUGAACCUUCAUCCUUUCCUGGCAGAAGCGCUGAACUAAAUGGCAGCUAUGACGGCAAGUGUUUAGGAGGAACUAAUGAUGAAGUCAAUGAGACACAAGGUCCAUCGGAACAACUUCAAUCGGGGCAGGCGAUGAGCCCGGACCGUUCGUCAGAUCUCGCCAAAGCCAGCUCUUCCCCUAGCCGUUUAGGCGACGUUGAAGGUGAAGCCUGCGACUGUGAGAGUCGGCCGUCUUCCACUAGUGAACCAGAAUCAAGUUCAUCCGAGCUAGCAGAUAAUGACGACGGAUGUCCAAGUGAAAGUGGGACAGGUGGAGACGCUCAGUCGUGCGUUUUGGAUGAGUUCACGGCAUAUCAAUGUGAUAUCCUGCUUGUCAACGUAAACCACGAUGACUCUGAGCUCUUUGGCAACCUAGCCCAGGAGAUUCUGCUGAAUCCGAGACCCAACAAAGUUCGCAAAGACCCAAAGACGUUGGUGACAUAUGGAGUGUCACAGACUUUAAAGCAGAGUUUGACCCCAGUUAAUAUAGAUCUUCGCUGCAGCAAUCUGGAUGACGGUAUGGCCAAUUUUAAGGACCUUUCUGUUGUUGUCAGACCACAGGCAAUCUCUAACCAUGCAUGCUUAACAAAACUACAUAAUACAUGAGUGAUGUGUGUUUUCGAAAUGAUCUCAAGUCUUCUAAUGAUUUGAAUUUUACUGAGGAGAGCUCAAGCAGGCCCUGGAGACCUAAGAAAGGCAGUAGGUCUCCCAAAAACCGGAGCAAUAGAUUUAUAGUAGAAAACCAGACCAAACCAGUAGUGAUGAGUUGCAACUAAUGUUCUCAAUUCGCCUAUGUGAUAUAAACUUGACUCAGUCUACAUUUUUUUUAUGUCUGAAGUUUGGCAAAAUUAUUUUGGUUGUUUGGACUCAUAUUUUAAGUUUUCAAAAUGUUAUGAUUGCCCUGUAUUUAGACUGUUCGAAGUGACCAGAGGUCACCAUUUAACAGUGAGUUUUAUUAAAAAAUGUUCGUGCCCAAAGGCAGACAUUUUCAGUGUUUUCCCAAAUUGGUCAUUCUCAUCCCUGCUAUUGUGAUUAGAAGCGUUGAUGAUGGUGGCCAGAUACUGUCGUUAUUGUAUAGUCUACACCACCCCCUGCUGUACUGUAAAUGAAAAGGUUGGCCGGAUCUGUCUUGUUUUAUUCUUUUUCCAGUUCUGUGUCAACACCGUGGCCUGCUUCACCAAAAAUCCAUCGUCCCUCAAGAAAGCAGGUCCAACUAUAAACUCCACUAAGUACACCUUAACCAUCUGCAUUCCAAUGUGUCCAAUGCAUCUCCCAAUCUGCGUGCCCUCGCCUUGAAUUUUGUCUGGUCGUACUCGUUUUCAGGCGCUUUGUUCACAAAGUACUACCAGAACAACCCCCCAGGAAUGUUUUUCUCCAUGCCUGUGCUUCUGUCACUACUCUGGGCUGUGUUCAAAUCAGGCAUCAUCUGUGAUAUUUUGUCAGCACUCCGAGUCGUCUUGGCUCACAAGAUCGUGGUCAGUUUGAGUUUCAGUGAGUUACUCGGUAAUGUCGCGUUGGCGAGCAUGUGGCACAAUGUUGAUUUUUCUGGAGCGUUCUGUGCCUCAGUAAUACUCUAGUAAACACUGGCUCAAGAAGCCUCAAAAUGUAUACAAUACAGUCUCAAAACUGCUUUUCCUCUCCCUUUUACCAGCCGACUCAUGAGUUCCUGCUCGCCCUUUUCACUUUUGUAAGAAUGAAAGGCUUCAGGAGUUUUGUACCUUACCUUAUCCAGCUCACGUACAAGGUAAAUCAACACCUAUGCAUUGUGGCUUUUUUUUGUGUGUAUGUUUGCGCAUGUUAUGAAGUUUUCACUUCCUGACACAUGGCCAGUGAAAAUUUAAUGCUGACCUUGAAUCGCUAUGACUCUCCCGAAUUCCAGAAGAUAAUGCAUGCAAAUAUGUCUGCUAUACAAAGGUGAGUGCAUUUAAUCACCAUUUUUUUAUAUAAUUGGUGAUCCCCAGUUCAUUUGUAAUUUGCUACACAAAAAUUCACCACUUUAGAUUUUUUUUUUUUUUUUUUGUAUAAGAAAAUGAAGUACUGAGUUGGUACCAUCCUUGACCAUCAGUGUGAAAAGAAAGGAAGUUCAAUUAGAUCUGGGGUGUCAAACUCGUUUUUCCUGCGGGCCACAUUGUGGUUUCGGUUUCCCUCAGAGGGGUCGUUAUGACUGUGAAACAAUAAACAUAUUUAAUCUUCUCAUCGUAUUUACUGUAUAUCAUCAAUUUAUGAUCUACUUUUGGAAUCAGAAAUCGUGGGUCAUGUGUUUUCCAACCAUUCGUGUUUCUUAACACAAAAAUGCUUGGACUAUCUCAACCCGACAAUUUGAAACUAAUUGAAAUUGACACUCUAGAUUUGGCUUCGCGGACCACAUAAGAUCAUGUGGUGGGCCGGAUCGGCCCCCCAGGCCUUGCAUUUGACAUCUGUGACUUAGAUCAACGAGCCUUGUGUGUGUGUGUGUGUGGGGGGGGAUCUUUGCUAUUUGAACGCUGGGCUCGUUCCCUCUCCCCUGCGAAUCACAAAGGGAACACAUGAUCUUGCUCUAUUACCAAUUUAUGAUCUGAUUUUGUUGAUUCUCUUGUCGUGAAUGUCUCUCUUUUGAUAUCAAAGAUUAUUUCUUUCCACCAGUGUGCCCAUUUCAAAUUCCUUGAACUUGGGUCAUGUCAUUGUGGGGAUGGAGGUGAGUCACUUUUUAUUUUUUUGCUCAAUCAACUCAUCCCCAAGAGGCGUUUGGAAUGGGUCGCGUUCCGCUGGCUUGCCAACAUUGUUGUGCUUGGCAGCUUUGUGCGACGCAUGAGGACUGGCGCCUUACGGGUGAGGCUUUUUGCUCUAUUUGCACACGCAGCCAACAUCCAAACCAACUGGAGCGCAUCAGCGGCCACAUUGCUGUUGCUCUCCUGUCUGAGAGCAAGUCCCAGUUUGCGCCAUUCUCUUACACAAGUAAGCACACGGAAUUUAAAAAAAAAAAAAAAUGUUUACCAUCUAACUACAACAAACGUUUUGCUUUUCACGCUCCCUUACAGUACAGUACAUUGGAUAAAAGCUGGCUUUGUAUGUGUGUUAGGGUCGGAGGGUGGUUGAUGUUGCUGUCCCAAUGCAAGGUCAAAUACUCAAUGCUGAAAGGUUUGUUCGGGAAGGAGCAGAGAGCGUCACGCUGCCACCUGAUCACUGUGGCGGCAGAGCUGGUCUUCCUCAGCGGCACCCAGGAAGGAGCGCUCAAGACUCUGCGAGGGAACAAAUGGUUCAUAAGUUGAAGCGCAUGUCCAAGUCUGUAUUCUGACCUGGAGGAGAGAAGCCGUGUGCUCAUGGUUCUGGCUGCAAAGGCCUCGCAAAGAGAUUCAUUGGAAGUCCUCUGUAAUCUCCCAGGAAUACAAAAGCCCAAUGUCGAACCGGAGCAGCCCUCGGAGCCACAGUCAGGGCAACAGGCGCCCGUGGGGGAGGGCUCUUCAACCCGUUGUCGGUUCUUUUACCGGAGAGGACACACACACACGCGCACAAAAAGAAAGAAAGAAAAAAAAAGCCAGUUAAGUGUGUGGAGGACCGAGCGGAGGCUUGGACCGAGUCUUCAUCCCCUCCCCUUCGCCCAUGCUGUCUGAGGAAAAGCCGACGUGAAAUUCCUCCACGCCGAGAGCCAGCUCAUCGAGUGGGGAAGGAAGAGUAGCUAGGAGGUGGACACAUUUCUGCUACAAGGUUUAUCUGUUUGUAAGCGACUACAUGUUCAAUUUUUUUUUUUUUUUUUUUUUUUGACGUCCUCGCCACGCAAUGUCCGCUUCGGGGCUGUCGCUUUGCUGAAGUGUCGACCACCGUUAGGGUCGAGGUUCGACUCCAAACAGAAUCCCCACAGAUUGUGAUCCAUCGGGUGCCGGGAACACCAGAACUAAACUGAUCCAAACAGCUGUUUUUUUUUUUUUCUCUCUCUCGCCCGAACGCCAAGCUCCGUGGUCAUGUUGCCUAACCGGUGGGGGAGGAGAAACCGAGCACUCACCACCUAGACGCCGAUCCAGAGUCACUCCACAUUUGUUCUUUUUUUUUUUGUUUUUUUUUCCUUCAGAUUAUUUUUGAUGAGCCUCAAUUUUACACUGCCUGGCUCCGCACAUAAUCAAUAACAUCGUUCGACGUGGUCACGUUUCAGGGAUUGACUGAUAACUCCUCACUGCCACCUGAUAGCUCAAUUUAGACUACCUCAUUAUUUUUUUCCCCCUCUCCAUCACAUCCGAGUUAUGUAAUACAGACAGAUAUCUGUUUGCAGAUGAUCACCUUUCUCCCCGACAAAGUGACUUGAAUGCCUCAUGAAUCUACCUCAAGCAACUGCGAUUUCCCAAUUCGACACAUCAGCCUGACGUGUCGGCAAAUGUAUACCUCACCUUAAAACUGAGCCUCGUGUUCGUGGUGACACCACAGAUGGCUUCGUUUCCAGACUCGGACCUGCAGACGUGCCCGCUCUGCAAGGAGCUGUGCGGCUCCUCGGCCCCCAUUUCCUCCAGCUCGUCCACCUCCUCCUCCUCCUCUCACACCUCUUCGUCCUCCACCCAGACCAGCAGGAGACUCCACGUCCUGCCCUGCCUCCACGCCUUCUGCAGGCAGUGCCUGGAGGGCCAGCGCAGCCCCGGAGACCCCCUCAAAUUACGUUGCCCCACUUGCGACCAGAAAGUCUCCAUCUCUGAAGCCGGCGUGGACUCGCUGCCUUCCUCCAACUUCCUCUUCAGCAACCUGUUGGAUGUGGUGGUGAGCACCGAGGAGCAGAUCCAGACCAAGAAUGGCCACCACCACCCCCUCCGAGGAAGCUUGGGCUCCUCCGGUUUCCAUAACACCCACGGAGGCAUUCUGCACCCCCACCUCAUGGGAGAGCCUCAGUGCAGCUCCUGCGACGAAGAGAACCUGGCCACGUCCCACUGCCUGGACUGCCAAGAGUAUCUGUGUGACAACUGCGUCCGUGCACAUCAACGGGUGAGGCUCACCAAGGACCACUUCAUCGAGCGCCUCGGGGAGAACCUUCACCUGGGCCGGGUCACCGGCACCCCGGGCCAACCGGCCAUGUCGGUGACUCUCGCCCAGUCCCUGCAGAACAACUUUGCGCUGCUAUCCCUCUUCCAGGACCGCAUGAGCUUCUGCCAACAUCACGAGAACGAGGUUUUCCUGUUCUUCUGCGAGAGCUGCUCGGUGCCCAUCUGCAGGGAAUGCAGCAUGAGCCGUCACGUGGGCCACACUUUUGUUUACCUCCAAGAUGCGGUGCAGGACUGCAGGUCCGUCACCAUCCAGCUGCUGGCCGACGCACAGAAGGGACGGCAGGCCGUACAGCUGAGCAUGGAGAAGGUCCAGGCCAUGGCGGAACAGGUGGAGAUUAAGGCCAAGGUGGUGCAGACAGAAGUGAAGGCCCUGGUCCUCAGACACAAGAAAGCGUUGGAAGAGCGAGAGUGUGAACUACUGUGGAAGUUGGAGAAGAUCCGACAAGUGAAGGCCAAGUCGCUGUACCUGCAGGUGGAGAAACUGCACCAGAGUCUGACCAAGUUGGACAGCACCAUCGCCGCCGUCAGCCAGGUGCUGGACGAAGGCCGCCACAUUGAUGUGCUGCUGGCGCGGGAGCGAAUGCUCACCCAAAUCCAUGAACUCAAAGCACUGAGGAGCCUGAUGCAACCGCAGGAGGAUGACCGCUUCAUGUUCACGCCUCCAGACCAAGCUCUGUACAUAGCCAUUCAGUCCAUGGGCCUGAUCAGUAGUGGCGCUUUUGCCCCAGUCACCAAAGCACACGGUGAUGGUCUCAACACUGUGCUUCGUGGCAAGCAUGCAGCUUUCACUGUGAUCGGCUACGACCAUGACGGCGAGCCCCGUCUAUCCGGCGGGGACAUGGUGACCGCGAUUAUCAUGUCCGUCGCGGACGCCAACCUGUCCGCCGCGGAAGUGACCGACCACCAGAAUGGCUCGUACACAGUCGGCUACGUGGCCAAAUGCGAGGGGGAGCACCUGGUAUCGGUGUUGGUGUGCAACCAGCACAUCCAGGGCAGCCCUUUCAAAGUGUUUGUGAAAUCGGGCCGGAGCUACGGCUCCCUGGGUUCCCAAGUGUCGUCGUUCGGCGGUGAAGGCGAGGGUGAUGGUCAGCUGUGUCGCCCCUGGGGGAUCAGCGUGGACAAGGAAGGAUACGUGGUGGUGGCGGACCGCAGCAACAACCGCAUACAGAUAUUCAAGCCCUGCGGCGCAUUCCACAACAAGUUUGGCUCCCUGGGGUCUCGGCCCGGUCAGUUUGAUCGCCCGGCCGGGGUUGCCUGUGACAGUCAGAGACGAAUCAUUGUGGCCGAUAAGGACAAUCACCGUGUGCAGGUGUUUACUUUUGAGGGCCAGUUCCUGCUGAAGUUUGGGGAGAAGGGGACCAAGAACGGGCAGUUUAACUAUCCCUGGGAUGUGGCCGUCAACUCCGAGGGUAAGAUCUUGGUCUCCGACACCAGGAACCACCGCGUGCAGCUCUUUUCCCCCGACGGCUCUUUCCUCAACAAGUACGGCUUCGAGGGGGCCCUGUGGAAACACUUUGACUCCCCCAGAGGCGUGGCCUUCAACCACGAGGACCACCUCGUGGUGACCGACUUCAACAACCACCGUCUCCUGGUCAUCCGGCCGGAUUGCCAGUCCGCCCGAUUCCUGGGCUCCGAGGGCAUCGGUAACGGUCAGUUCCUGAGGCCCCAAGGUGUGGCCGUGGACCAGGAGAACCGCAUAAUCGUGGCCGACUCCCGCAACCACCGCGUGCAAGUGUUCGAGCCCAACGGAAACUUCUUAUGCAAAUUUGGAACCCAGGGGAGUGGCUUCGGGCAGAUGGAUCGUCCCUCCGGGGUGGCGGUGACGCCGGACGGAGUCAUUGUCGUCGUGGACUUCGGGAAUAAUCGUAUCCUUAAAUUCUAGAAACGGAACAUUCUCUCCUUCUAUUUGGCCUUUUACAUUUUUUGUUGUUGUCCCAGCUCAACAAAGGAAAUGGAGGCGAGAGAAUGAAUUACAAAACUGACAGAAUGGGAGGAGAGCUCAGAGGAUUGGGAGCAUGGCAAUGAGAAGGGAACUCAAAACCUAAAUCAAUUUUUUUUUCUCCCACGUACACAUUGUCAAUCCAAUUUAUGCGGUAUGUAUUUCAACAAGGACCUCUACAAAAUAGAUAAUCAGUAGCAAGAAAGAAAAAAAAAAACGAGCCAUUUUCCCUUCCUCAUAGUCAGCUGCUCUAUUCUUUCUGGACGCUCUUGUCGAGCAUCCUUCUCAGGGAAUUUCUCACUUUUCUUGAAACCUCGCACCGUCUGCUCCACACCUACCUCAUUUAGCUCUUUAUGAAUGUACUCAUUGUCACCGAGCAGAGGUUUAUUAAUCCGUGAAGUUUUACAAAGAAGAAAAGCCUACCUCUAUACUUUUAUUUAAGAGACGAGAAGAAGAAGAAAAAAAAGCGAGAGAGAAUAGACUCUUCAGUCGAUUUAUUUGCACAGGAGUAAUGGGUGUCGUCCUGCGCAUUUAAAAAAAAAAAAAAAAAAAUUAUGAGUUAAGUGAACCUCCUGAAUGUUGUUGCUGAGACAAUGCUCAGGCCGCUGUAGAGGCUGCGUGAUUCGUUCUCACUAGAACAACACAGUGCAAGGAAAGGAAUUUGGGGUACAGCAGUGUCUUCAUAGUUUCCUUUAUUUAAUUUUUGGGUUUUUUUUUUUUUUUUGUGCUAAGGGAUUGAGCCCUCACAACUGCGCUUGAAUUUGUAUAAUCAUUAAGGCUCGACGAGAGUGUGGAAAGAAAAUGCCACAAUUUAAUACUUAGCUCAGGUAAUAGUUUGGCUUAUCAGUACUUUCGAGGCCUUCUUUUAGCAUCACUCUUACCUAUGUUCAGUAGAACAGAUUGGGCCUGUAAUGGUAAAAUUAAAAUGUUUGCCCCCCCGUUUUUUCCCCCAAAAUACGAUAUGAUGCUAGACUGGGUUUGUGUAUCCUAUACGGAUCCGGUCUGCCGCAUGACCAUCUCGAAUGCGAAGAUUAGCACGCAAGGAUCACUUGCUCUCCUCCUAAACGGGAGGACCCGCAAAGAUAUGUGGGCGGAGACAUUUUCCAAGAUCUCUUAGCGAUCUUAACGUGAGAUUUAAUCAUAGUCGAAUGAUACAUUUUUCCCUGAGGCGCUGUGUGACAAAAGCCUCAGAAGUAGACACAGUCCAGACGAUGAAAAUAUCAAAUACGCUCAAGACUUAUGAAUACAGUGAACCUCCAGGAGUGCACAGGGGCUCUGCUGCGUAAAGCAAAAAUGACAAGUAUUUAACAUCCUCCUAAAAGGGUUUGUAUAUUAACUAUAGUUGUCAAAAGAUGGCGGCAAAGCACUACUCUUGUCUAAAGCCCCUGAACUCGUGCUGACAUAUUUCGCAGUCAGUGUCCAGGCCAUUUGCAUUGCUCGGCCCUUUGUGAAUGCCGACUGCGAAUAUGCGGAGGGGCGAGGGGGGGUUCACCGUACAAUCCUUUCGAUGCGAGCUGUGGUCAAAACUCCUCCAAUCCGACGGAGGGGACCACAAAAGAUUUUCCCCGCUCGGUCUGAGGAGGCGUCUCCAGACCCCAAGAGCUCGUAGACCAGUCCUCUAAAGAUGGAGGUCUAUUGACCGACUUAUUGAGUCAACCAAAGUUAGAAUAUCUGUACAGCGGCCAACUAAAAACUGGCAUUUUAAAAGAAUAAAAUAAAAUAAAAGAUUUAAAAAGUUAGCUUCUUCAUUAAUCAUUGUUGCUGGGAAAAGUUACUGGCAUAACUCGUGGAGUUUGGUAGCACUGCCCGCUGACACUGCACGAGUACUUUGACAUCCCGUGUGAAUCCUUCAUCUAGCCACAUAAAAAAAAAGAGAGAGAAGAACCAAAGAGAAUCCUUCCUUCCCCCUUUUAAACUGCAGUUCCUCAACGUAGAACAAUCCGUAGCCCCCCGUAAGCAAAUCCAUGAAAUCUCUGCAGUGAAAACAUCGCCGGGGGUCGUUCGAUUCCCCCCCCCCCCCUCAAUCUGUGCCCCCACUUGAACGCACUCGACAAUUCACGGUCUGUUCGUGGCUUCGCUGUGGAAAGAUUCACCGACGGGCUCCCUCCUCUGAGGAGCGGACCCGUCCGCACAUGAUCCGAACCCAAAUCCCCGACGGGGUAUUUUCCUUCAAAACCUCGGUGUUUUCCCCGCGGACCGCGACACCUCAACUCCGCUCGUAGCGACUGCUCGUGUUCAUAUACCUCAAACUUUGUAUAGUUACUAUUUGAAUACCUCAUUUUUGACGUUUCAUGUUUAUUUGUUGGCAUACCUCAUCAGAUGUGUACACAUCGCUGAUAUACCUCAUUGUUUGACCGGUUUUGUUGCAGUACAGUACGUGUCCCGUAGCGGUAGGACCAAAGAUUGUGGCACUGUUUAACUUGUUUUGGUCCUGUAUCUCCAUCUUGCAACUUUGAGCAGGGUUUGCUGUAGAUUAGUUGCUUUUUUUUUUUUUUUUUUAAAGAAUAACCAACCAAACCAAAAAUUUCCGUCGAUAGCAUCGUGCCAAAAUGAUCUCUGUCGAGUUGUCGUGCCAAGGACCAUGCUUGUUGUUGACGUCAGAGAUCUAAAUGUUGACCCCCCCGGGGAAUGCCGAGGCUACUGUUAAUUCCUGCGGCCCUCCGAUGGGAUGCACUUAAAGGGGGCUGGGCCCCGAUUCUCUUUGACCUUGCGACGACGAACUCUCGGGUUUCCGCUUGCAAUUUUGUCGAGGGGAGGGGCGAGGGAGGGACGCAGCGUUUGAAGACUUCACUCGCCGCACAAGAAUUUCUCGAGUUUCAGCACAACUUCCCGCUAUUUAUGCACGCGUCAGGGCUUGCCUUGAUUGUGGCGCCAAUGAUCAUUAUUAACAUUAUUAAUAAAGGAAAGGUUUCUUAAAUGAGCACACGGAGGAACAACGCCAACAGUCGGUUUGUUUUUUUGCGUUUUCAGUAUUAGUAUGUUCACCCGCCACGUCUGCAUCCUUUUUUUUUGGAAACAAAAGAUUGCAGAGUUCUAUCUUUAAGAUGCUUAGGUCGUCACUCUUUAAGAGGAAAAAGAUGUAUUUUAAACCUUUUAUUUUUCAUUUUGUUGCAUGCUUUAAAAAACAAAAUCCUUACCAUACUGAAGUCUUAUUUUUUUUUUUGGGGGGGGGGGUGGAUUGGAUACGAGGAAAUGUACCCAAAGACGUGUGAGUGAGCUAGAGUAGGAUUGACCUUUGCGAUUGUAUUUGGCGUUCUCUCGAGAGGCUCCGCAGAGCACAACCUGUUCCGUCAGCCAUGCCUCAAUUCUCAACAUUUAAAGGCAAAAAAAAAAAAAAAAAAAGCAACUCGAGGCCUCUGGAGGGCUUCUUUUGUGGGCCUUCCUCGCGGAAGUUCUGAAAACUUUCCACACUGCAUUGAUUGAUUCACCCACACCGGGGGGAGGGGGGGGGUUUCAGGUUUUCGGACGAGUCCCCCCCUCUCUGUCGCCGUCGAGCAGUCGGCUUCCUCUUUUUUUUGACAAUCCGGGAAGUGAGGCGAUGGCUGCCGAUCGCGCGGUCCGCCGUCUUGUCUAAUUUCUGGCCUCACCUGGCUUUCGAGAGAGAGGGGAAAAAAAAGAAAAGCUGCACCGGGGAUGCGUGUGAGGUCGUAGACCUCCUUUUUAAGUGAUUGUAUGCUUGAACAUAAAAACAAACACACAAAAAAAAUGGUUGGUGAACAUUUAGAAAGGAAAAAAAAAAAUAUAUAUAUAUAUAUAUCUCAGGUAGUUCUCGGCAGCCCUGUCCUGCUGAUAUCAUUGAAAUGUGUCCCGUAGAAAUAAAGUAGAUCACCCCCUUUCCCCCUUCUUUUUCCCUUUUCCCCCUGUUUUGGACCUUAGUGCUAGUUUGAUUCUUUUGUGUGUCCAUUUAAAUAUUAAAACGGAAAAAAAAUCUGUCUGAAAAUUUGCUUUUGAUUAACUUCCCCCUGAUUUUUUUUUUUUUUUGGGUGUUUCUUUUACAACAACAAAAAAUACAAAUUACACACACAAGCCCCCCUCGCUUAUUGGCCCUUUUAGAAUGUAUUUUUGCGAAGAAAAGGGCUCAAUGGCGUCCGGUCGAUGUCGACCCGCCACAACCUGCCGCCGGACCCCUCGCACAAGUCCACGUUUCUCGCCACCACGCACCGGCAUCAGCAAUAUUUCGAGCGUCGUGUGGUGUGUAAACACCCGUCUGGAUGGGGCUUCUUUCAUCCAAUCGGCGUUGGUCCAGCAGGGUUGAGGGCGGGGCUGUUCUCGUUAGUGCAUCUGUUGUCAAAGCGGACCUCCACUGAAUGUAACCCUCACAGUCCAGGAGGCGGCGCGAGUAGACGCAGCCUGCUGAGUUUAGAUGAGUGCUGCUGGCGCUUCCUCCUCAGGGCCUUUGUGUGUUUGUUUGUGUACGAGUGUGUGUUUGUGUGUGCACUCAUCCGACCUCGUGUAUGUUCGUCUUUUGUCUUUGUCCCUCUUGAACACACGUCGUGCUUAGUGGAAGUGCAGAUGUCAGGUCUUAAGUCUAAAUAAAGCAAAAGGAGACUUGGUAUUUUGGGGCCGUCUGCUGCUCAUGCUGUACUCUUUGGACUUUAAACGUUUCCUAUGCAGUUCUUUGUUGUUGCAUUUUUUUUUUGGUUUGUUUACACUUAAAUAAAGUUGUGUUUCUUUGACUUCAA